AUGCUGGGACCACCCUACAAUAACACAAUGGAAAAUCCUGCCACCUUCUUCCUUGUGGGAAUUCCAGGUUUGCAGUCUUUACAUCUUUGGAUGGCUGUCUCACUGUCUGUCAUGUACACGAUGGCCUUGCUGGGAAACACCCUCCUCAUGACUGUAAUCUGCAUGGAUUCCACUCUCCACGAGCCUAUGUAUUGCUUCCUGUGUAUUCUGGCUGCUGUGGACAUUGUUAUGGCUUCUUCUGUGGUACCCAAGAUGCUGAGCAUCUUUUGCGUAGGAGAUGGCUCCAUCAACUUCUAUGCAUGCUUUGCUCAAAUGUAUUUUGUCCAUUCAGCCACGGCUGUAGAGACAGGGCUGCUGCUGGCCAUGGCUUUUGAUCGCUAUGUAGCCAUCUGCAAACCACUACAUUACAAGAGAAUUCUCACACCUAAAGUGAUGCAGAUAAUGAGUGUGACUAUUGCUUUCAGGGCUGUCAUAUUCAUGUCUCCAUUGAGUUGGAUGUUGAGUCAUUUACCGUUCUGUAGCUCCAAUGUAGUUCCCCAUUCUUACUGUGAGCACAUGGCUGUGGCCAAAUUGGCAUGUGGUGCUCCCAUGCCCAGCAGUCUCUACUACAGUUUAAUUGGUUCCUCCAUUAUUGUGGGCUCUGACGUAGUCUUCAUUGCUGCUUCCUAUAUCUUGAUUCUCAGGGCAGUGUUCAAUCUUUCCUCUAAGAAUGCUCAGCAGAAGGCACUAGGCACAUGUGGCUCUCAUGUGUGUGUCAUGGCCCUGUACUAUUUUCCUGGGAUGGCAUCUAUCUAUGUAGCCUGGUUAGGGCAGGACACAGUGCCCUUGCACACUCAAGUGCUGUUAGCUGACUUGUACCUGAUUCUUCCACCCACUUUAAACCCCAUCAUUUAUGGCCUGAGAACUAAAUACAUACGAGAAAAAAUAUGGAGCUUGCUGACCCACUGUCUGUUUGACCUUUCCACUCAGGGUGUAUGA